GAUCUUCAACAUCAUCGCCAGCCCGACUCCGCGAGCAAUCCAGCUACUAAAUUUCUCCGCUCGCCCAAGUCAAUCAAAACUCGAAUGCUCCUCUGACUUUACGAAUUAUACCCGGCCCGGACACGCAGAAACACGCCGAAGCGCCUGUCGAGACCACACGAUGCUGUUCUUUAGCUUCUUCAAGACCCUCGUGGACCACAAGGUCACCGUGGAGCUCAAGAACGACAUCCAGAUCGAAGGGACGUUGAAGAGUGUGGACCAGUACCUGAACAUCAAGCUGGACGACAUCACGGUGGUGGAAGAGAUUCGAUGGCCACAUCUGAGUUCCGUCAAGAACAUCUUCAUCCGAGGGAGUGUCGUACGAUACGUCCACCUUCCCGCAGCAGAUGUCGACACCGCAUUACUUGAAGACGCAACGAGAAGAGAGGCUGCCCAAACAUCGGCCCGCGCGAGACAGGGCUAGUCAAAUUCUUGUAUCGGGACAUGAACAUAUAUCCGGUACGGAUCACGACGGUUCCCGUCUACGCCGGCGUGGGGUGGCUAUACCGUGAAGGUCCACGCUACCUGUAG